CGCGCUUCCUCGCAUCGGUUGUCCCGCAGAGAGAAUGAAGGCGUUCCUAAGGAGUUCGGAGGGCAUCUUGGCACUGAGGCCAAAGAUAACCACGAUAGGAAGGCACGAUGAUUCGGACGUCGUUCUUAAGUCUGCAGGGUUGGAAGACCACCACGCAGCCAUCGAGUUCAGCGACGCCGAGCACAGCUUCAUUCUUCGGGACUUCAACACAGGCAGCGGCACCUUUGUGAACGACUGCCAUAUCCAGAACGUGGCCGUGAAGGUGGGCCCAGGAGACGUCCUGCGCUUCGGCUCCAGCGGGCCAGCCUUUGAGCUGGUGCAGGACAAUCUACUUCAGGUGCCGUGUCCCUUGGUGAAUCGGCGCAUUGCCUGGCCAGGUCAAAUCCAGGUGGUUACGGAGACAGGCUCCCCUCCAGCGGCAGGUGCAGCUUCCCAGUUUCCAUUGCUGCCAUCUCCACAGUCCCCACCCACCAACCCUGGCUGGCCCUACGCCACAAGUGGGAUGUCGCCUCACCGCCCCCUCAAGAAGAGGCCCGGGAGUGCCUGGGGCAGGACCAUCACCUCCUCCGCCUUCUCUCCUGAUGCUUCCGGCCGCCCUCCAGGCACCCUCACAGGAAAUGGAGCCCUUCCUGGCCCUCUAGCCAUCAGCCUCCCAGGGGAUGCACUCCUCAAAGAGAAGGAGGAGACCAUUCUGAAACUGGGGGAUGAAAUCAACCGUCUGUCCGCCUUUGAAAGCGAGUGCGGCCGCAAAGACGCGCUGAUCACAGAGCUUCGGCGCGAGAUUUCGGGGAUGACCGAGAAGGUGACGGCCACCCUUGCCAAGAAGGAGGCCGCGUUUCAACAGGAGCUGGCCAGCCUCGACAAAGACGCAGAUGCCAAGGCCGAAGAGAUCAGAAGCUUGAAGGAACAGGUUACCAGCCUGCAAAAAAACACCAGCGAAGUCUUGUACCACUCCCUCUCGGAACGAGACCUGCAGAUCGCACACUGGAAGCAGGAGCAUGAGGUGCUGAAGAAGAGCUCUUCCCUCACCUCAGGGCUGGUGACCAGUUUGCAGAAAGAUGUGGUUACGAAGGAGCAGAGGAUACAGCAGUUAAGGAUGGACAUGGAUAAGCUGAGGCAAGAAAGCCAGGAGAAGGACGACCAGCUUGCCUAUAUUUCUGCCCAGUGCUCUAGAAUUAAAGCUGAAGCCAAGCGGGAGCUCAGGGAAAGAGACAUAAGUGCCUGUCAGACCCGGAUCACGGAGCUGGAGCUGCAGGCCAGUCAGUCCAAGGAAGAAAUCAAAAGGCGCUGCGCGGAGCAGGAGACCUUGACCGGAAGGCUGGCGGAAGCGACAAAGGCCCAAGGGGAGCUGAGGAAGGAGGCGGAGAGGCGCUCCCAGCAGGUGCAAGAGCUGGGCCGCCGAGAGCGUCUCCUGCGCUCCGAGAUGGAGCAGACGGCCGCUCAGGCGCAGCGGUUCCGGAACCAGGUCUCAAAAGCCCUUUUCCCUGAACUUCCUGAGGAACCGCUAGCUGAUCAGCAGAUUGUCGAGGAAAUAGAUCGACUGCAGGCAGCCAAGGAGGAAUCCGAUCAGAAGGAGGAGGCACUGAGGAAGGAAGGGCAGAUCCAGGCCUUGGAAAUGGAGAAGCUCUCUUCCGACCUUGCCCUGCUGAAGAAGUCCCUCGAUGGAGCUCAGGGUGUCUUGAAGGGUUCUUACUGCAGCCACCACUUGAAGGAGGAGAUCGGCCGCCUCCAGCGCCUGGCCCCCUCGGCCCCCCAGGCUUCAGAAAUCCAAGCCUCCUUGACCCGGAUCCUCCACCACGUGCUGAGCUGGGUGGAAGCGAUGGAGUCUCUGCUCCGAGACGUGGGCGCCGACACCUCAGCUGGUGAAACAGGUUCUUAUCGCCACCUUUCUGGCCGAGCCGUCGCUGCCCUGCCAAUGAACUGGGCCGCGUGGCCCGGAAGGCUGAGAUCCAGGCUGUGGAAAGCAAGCCGUGGCCCGCGGGGCCAGCGUCCUCCAGGACUGGGCAGGGAGGAGUCCCCUGGUGGGUGGCACAGGGCCAAGCGGCAGCCGGCUGUGGCAGAGCUGGGCAUCCAAGCGGCAGCGGGCAGACUGCCCCGCACACCAGAAGGGGUGGGCAGCGCUUUUGGCCGCGUUUUGGCCGGAGUGGUGAGACUCCCAGAAUUCUUGGCAGUGGCCGUGCUUGGCCCAGAGUUCUGGGAACUGAGGUCCGCACAGCCCCAGCGUUUCCAGUCUCAGGGAGACUGCUCCAGGGAGCGGGCGGCAUUCGCGGGCCCUCCUGGCUGCCAAGCCUCACCCCUGCUCCCCUCCUCUCUGCCAGGGAUGGCCGCCUACGUGAAGAGGCUGCUGGACCAACACCGCAGCGUUACGGGGCAGGUCCAGGCCUUGCAGAAUCAGCUACGGGUGGCGGAGGAGUCUCGGCAUUCGACCCUGCAGGAAAAGCAGCAGCUGGAGGAGGAGAUCCAGGCCAAAGAAAGGAAGAUUCACGAGGAAGGGAAGCAACAGAAGGAGGUUCUGGCGAUGAUGGCCGCCCUGGAAGAGGCCAAGCUACGAGGAGCCCUGGAGGAAGAGAGGAAGAGGGUCCAGGAGUUGGAGGCUCAAGUGAAGGAACUCUCCGAGGUGAUUGAGCAAGGAGCCAACCUGGAGGGGGCUUUACACGCCGAGCUCAACAGGAGUCUGGAGGCUCUGAAAGCAGCCAAGAGCAGAACGGCGGUGGCUGAAGAGAAGCUGGCAGUCUUGGAGGGGCAGCUGAGGAGCCUGGGAAGGGAGGCCGAGGCGCUGAAGCAGAAGCACCGGGAGGAGGUCUCAGAGUACCAGGAGCAGGUCAAGCAGCACGCCCGGACCAUCGUGGACCUGGAGGAGAGGCUCACGGCAGCGGCUGCCCAGCAGGGGAAGGGGGACGGCGUGUCCGAGCAGCUAGGUCAGUGCCCCUUCCCUGAUUGGCAGGAGAUUAUGCUUUCUUCCUGGGAUGGUGACAUUUCCAUGAAUCAAACCCUGUCACUGAAAUUGGAUUCUGCUGUUCUCUUAAAGUCAUUUUUUGUUCCCAUCCACUUUAGGGAAGAACUUGUGGCCGCAAAGCAGGAGAUCCAGGCCAACCAGGCUGUCAUUUCAGAGUUAAAGAAGGAACUUUCCAAGGCGAGAGCCACGAUGUCCGACGUGAUCGGAGAACUCAGCGAGAAGCAGAAAGCAGAGCUGGAGGAAAAGCGAAGCCUCGCGCAGAGCCAGGCCCGAGAACUCGGCCACCUCCAGGAGAAGCUGUCGGAGACGUCCACGCUGCUGGGCCAGAAGGAGACAAGCCUCCAAGCCGCCACCGAGGAGCUCAGGAAGGCCAGAGAGAAGAUGAAAGAGCUGCUGAGGGAGGCAGAGGAGAAGGCCUCAGAGCUGGCGGCGGUCGUGCAGCACAAGGGCGUUCAGACGAGGGCCCCCCCACAGGACGACGCCCCACCUGCUGCAAAGGCUGCCCGCUUGCCCGAGGAAGAUCCCUCGGUGCUUCCUGGCUCACGAGCAGCAGUGCGUGCUGAGCGUCUGGCGUCGCUUCGCUUGCAGGAUCCACCCCUCUUGUGCCUGGCUGACCUGGGAGCGCGAUGCAAAGGCUCGCGCCACGACGAGACCAUCCGCCGCCAGAAAGAGACCCUGGCCGAGCUGAGAAAGAGGAUCAGGAAGCUGGAAAAGGGGCUUCCUCCGGACUCUGACGCGAAAAACUCAGAGCCGCUUCUCGUCCUCAGAAAAUUGCCAGCGGAGAGGGGCGAGCUGACAAGGGAGAAGGACCAGGCCGUGGCGCCGAUGGUCGCAAGGGAUGCCCGUGAGCCUCCCCGCGGUGUCUCCGUCCUCGAGCCCAACGUGACUGUGGAGAGGACCGCAAAGCUGGAGAUGGCUGAUGCGCUGGACCUCAGCGAGAACCUGUACUUCGGCUUUGUCCGGGGCCUCUCCAGCCUGAUGGGCCUGGAGGAGCUGAUGGGCUCGCGGACCCUCAAGCACCUGCCCCAGGCUGAGCGGGAGAAGGUGAGCCUGCUGCGGCAGAAAGACCUGGAGCUGCUGCUGGACAGGAUUGGCAAGCUGAAGAGCCGCCUGGAGAGGAAGGAGUCCCUGCUGAAGGAGUACGAGGGGGACAUCGGGCAUUUCAGGAGCAACAGGCAGGCCCUGCAGGCCUGCCAGUCCAGGAUGGCCCGGUUGGCAGACCAGGUCUACCGAGAGGUAGAAGAAAAGGCCCUGCUGAAGGAGGCUCUGGAGAGGAUGCGGCUGCAGCUGAACCAGGAGAAGAGGCUGAACCAGGCCCUGAAGAAGCCGAAGGUUUGGCCUCGGCUCCUCCUGGCCCAGAAGCCACCUCCUGACUCCCAGGCUCGGUCUGCGCAGCCUCCGGGGCACAUCUCAGCCAGGCACAGCUCUGGGCACCCCCAGUGCCUGCGGCUAGGGACACACAGCACCCAGAGCCCGGCCAGGGAGCCCACGCGCAGGCCCACGGCCACGGCUUCACAGGGGGCUCAGCUGGCUGAGCCAGCCACUCCGUCCCCCUCUUGUGGCCCAUCCUGA